UAGAGAUUCCGUAGCCUUUUUCUUCUUUUCUUUUUACUUCUUUGAGAGGAGACUAAUAAGAAAUAGAGGCAGCAAAAUGUGGUAUCCGAAGGGAAGUACGAGUACAUCCAUGAAGAAAGGAGGUGGCAAUGGGCUGGUAGCCGUAGCCAUUGAUAAGGACAAAGGGAGCCAACAUGCUUUCAGAUGGGCCGUUGAGCAUCUUCUUUCCAAAAGCCAAACCGUUGUUCUUAUUCACGUUGUUAAUAAAUCACCAAAUGGAGCCAGUAACGGUGGCGACUCAUCGAACAAACAGUUAACGGACAAGAUAUCCAAGGAAUUGUUCCUCACCUUUCAUUGUUUUUGUACCCGAAAAGAUAUACAUUCUCUUGAUGUCGUGCUUGAAGAUUCGGAUAUUGUAAAAGCAUUGACUGAAUAUGUUGCUUAUGCUGCAAUUGAGAAAUUGGUUCUCGGUGCCCCAUCUCGAAGUGGAUUUAUGAGAAAAUUCAGGGCCGACAUACCGAGCUGUGUAUCGAAAGCUUCGCCGGACUUCUGCACCGUAUAUGUCAUCUCGAAAGGAAAGGUAUCUUCGGUACGAAAUGCCGUUCGUGCCGCCCCGUUCACCUCCCCGUUACUUGAUCAAAUUAAGAAAUCUACUACCCGUAGCCAAGGCUUGUCUGUGAGCAAGCCUUCCCUGAGUAAUCCUGGUCCAGGAAAAGCAGUAGAUAAUCAGUCAGCGAGCAAGCAUCGUACUUCGAUCGAAUGCGGCUCGGGGUUACCCCCUACAAGAGCCAGUCUCACCAGAGCGUUCGCUGACUUAUCGGAAUCAGAUACUGAUAUAUCGUUCGUUAGCUCAGACAGGCCAAGCACUGAUUGUGGAUCUUCUUUGUUCUUUGAUUCGUUCAUUGACUCUAAUCGAAAUAUGAGAUUAUCGAACUGCACAGAUAUUAGCGUUGGAUCAAUGCGAUCAGGAAUGAGAUGGGCUGACUGUAAUUCUCAAUUUGAUUUCUCACAACCGUCGAUUGACAGUGGAAGAUCAUCUUGUUCAUCGCAGAAUCUGGACGAAGUUGAAGCUGAAAUGAAGAGACUAAGGCAGGAAUUGAAGCAAACAAUGGACUUAUACGGUAAUGCUUGCAGACAAGCAAUUUCAGCAAAACAACAGGCAAUUGAGAUAAAACACGGCAAAAAUCAAGAAGAACAAAGAUUGGAAGAGGUACAACGAGCCGAGGAAGCUGCAAUGUCAGCUGUAGAGAAAGAGAAAGCCAAGUGCAAAGCAGCCAUGGAAGCAGCCGAAGCAGUACAGAAGCGAGUAGAAUCAAAGCGAAUAUUGGCAAGUACAAGAGGGGGAGCGCUAAGAGAAACAGAGGAAAUGAAGAGGAUGUUGCAGAUUCUAUCCAACAGUAAUAUCAAAUACAAGAGAUACUCCAUUGAGGAAAUUGAAAAGGCAACAGAAAACUUUGCCCCCAAUCGAAAAAUCGGAGAAGGAGGUUAUGGUCCUGUCUUUAAGUGUUAUCUUGAACAUACACAGGUUGCAGUUAAAGUUUUGCGACCAGAUGCUGCUCAAGGGAGAUUACAAUUUCUGCAAGAGAUUGAAGUACUGAGCAGCAUCCGCCAUCCUAAUAUGGUACUUCUUCUAGGAGCCUGCCCAGAGUAUGGGAUCCUAGUGUACGAAUACAUGGCUAGGGGAAGCUUAGAUGAUUGUCUAUUCGGUAAAGGGAACAGUCCUGUAUUGUCUUGGCAACUCAGGUUCCGAAUCGCUGCAGAUAUCGCAACAGGCCUACUUUUUCUCCAUCAAACGAAACCCGAACCGAUCGUGCACCGUGACAUGAAGCCUGCCAACAUAUUGCUGGACCACAACUACGUUAGCAAGAUCAGUGAUGUCGGGCUGGCCAAGCUAGUACCAGCCGUGGCAGAGAACGUGACACAGUGCUGCAUAACAUCGGCAGCCGGAACAUUUUGCUACAUCGAUCCGGAGUAUCAACAAACAGGUGUGCUGGGGGUGAAAUCCGACGUAUAUUCCUUGGGGAUCAUACUUCUUCAACUCUUAACAGCAAGGCCACCAAUGGGGUUGUCUCACUACGUCGGGCUAGCCAUAGAAAAUGGCACAUUUGAAGAGAUGCUGGACCCUGCAGUGACCGACUGGCCAGCUGAAGAGACCUUGUCAAUGGCCAAACUGGCAAUUCGAUGUGCGGAACUUAGACGGCGAGACAGGCCUGAUCUCGACAAGGAAGUGUUACCGGAACUGAAUCGACUCAAAGAGAUUGCUGAAGAGAACAUGCCCCCUAGCUGUUCGGCUGGUAGUGAGGAAACUUCAACUACACAUGACUAA